CCAGAGUGCAAAGCGUCUUGCUUUGUGGUGUGGUUCUCACGUCCAUCACAAAUCAAUUCAUCCACGGAAAAACGAUUGAUGGGGAUUGCUCAAUCAUCUUUGUUCAUUCGAUACCCAAUUUUGCAUCCAGAUAUUUUCCCAAUUUCCGCUGUCUCCGUAUCUGUCUGUGUUUGUCUUUUUUUACUCCCACUCCCAAGCUUACUCUUUGAGAAGGAAUAGUUCUUGAAUUACUACAAUUUCAUUCUUCUUGUCUGCUUUGUGAAGAUUCCACCUGAAUUCCGUGGGUUUCUAAUCAUGGGUUGUUAAGUUUCUAGGUGCUGCGUUCGUGUUCCCCCCGUUUUCUCUUUCUUGAACAACCCCACAUCUCAAUUCCUCCAGAGCUUGGAAAUUGCCACAUGGGAUUGGUGUCAAUUUGCAAACUACGAAGUGGAGGCCCCAGAAAACGAGAACAGAAAUGGAUUCCUUACUGGGUCUAAUUGAUCAGUCAUUCGACUGUCGGUACUCGCAUUCAGCGCGCGAGGCUCUCAACGAAUUGCCUGAUAGCUUUACCAUCACCGACCCUUCAAUUGCUGGCCACCCAAUAGUUUUUGCGAGCCGGGGUUUCUUGAAAAUGACAGGGUACUCGCCGGAAGAGGUGAUCGGUAAGAACGGGAGGGUGUUUCAAGGUCCGAGGACCAAUAGGGGAACGGUAAUCGAGAUACGCGAGGCAAUUCGGGAAGAGAGAGGGCUUCAGGUUAAUCUGUUGAAUUAUCGCAAAGAUGGGACGCCGUUUUGGAUGUUGUUUCAGAUGAGCCCAGUUUUUAGUAAGGAAGAUGGGAAGGUGAUUCACUUCGUAGCUGUUCAGGUUCCGAUUUCCAGGAUGCAGAGGAGGAAUGGGGUGAGUUUGAGCAAGGAUGGGUCUGCUUUUAAUGAGAUUGUGCUCGGGUCUUGCAGAAGGGAAGUGGCCUCGGAUUCUUUGCUGGACUUGGAUCAUGUUUUGGCAUUCAAUUCGACCUGUAGAGGGUUAGAUGCUGAAGAGCGUUGUGAAGCAAGUGAUUUGGAGAAGCGAAAAGCUACAACUGCCAUUAAGAAUAUAUUUUCUGUGCUAACCCACUACAGUGAGGUGACUGGCAGACUUGUUUGUGGGAAGAGAUGUGCCAUUUCUGGGGUAGGCUUCAUCAGUUCAUCACUAAAUAUAUCACUUGGUAGAAUCAAACAAAGCUUUGUAUUAACUGAUCCACGUUUACCUGACAUGCCUAUAGUUUACGCAAGUGAUGCCUUCUUAAAAUUGACAGGUUAUGAAAGGCAAGAAGUAUUAGGGUGCAAUUGCAGGUUCUUGAAUGGGAUGGGUACAGAUACUUCAACUUUACAUCAGAUAAAGGAAAGCAUCAGGACUGAACAAGCAUGUACAGUACGUAUCUUAAAUUACAGGAAGGAUAAGAGCUCAUUUUGGAAUCUUCUUCACAUAACACCUGUUUGUGAUGCAUCGGGCAAGAUAGCAUUCUUCAUGGGUGUUCAGAUAGAAGAAGGUGGUAAGAACCAGGACGGACAUGGGCUGAGCCCUGAGAGGAGACAACUCAGUGCUGUUGGGGCAGUGAAGGUUGCAGUAAGGAGUUCAUCAAUGGGAGCCGGGUGCUCCAAGUCAUAGCCAACUUUUGCUUUCUUGUGUUACACGUAUUCCUUACCUUUCUCCACCUUGAAGCCAUUGCAUUAUAAUCUCCUCCUAAGCAGUUGUGGCAAAAUGCAAAAGAAGGAAAGCGAAACAAGUGAGAUUGUUUCAGCUUUCUUUGAGAAAGAAAAACAACUGUAUUGAAAAUGAUAAGCAAAUGUAAGAGUUCCUCAUUCUUACAAAUGCUCAUUACAAAUGGUUCAAUUGGUGAUUUGGUGGGUAUGUUUCCUGGGAUUAGAACAGCUGUACCAGUAUCUUUGAUUGAAAAAAAGAAAAAAUAAAUAAAUUUGGGUGUU